AAAAAAAGAGAGAGUUGUUUUUGGAGCUACAAAUGAUAUUUUGGGCUUUGAGUGAAAGUUGGGAUUUGACCCAAAAUAAACAUCCAAGUUGGGCUUUUAUUGGAAAUAGCUAUAUGCAUCAGAAAGGAUAAGCCAGAGCUCGACCCCAUCGUCUUCAUCCACACACAAACUCAUCACUCUCACUGGUCACACGCAGUGUUGACAAAAAUGGCGCAAACACUGGCAAUGCCUCUGGCACCCUCGCUCUCUGUAAUCUGCAAUGGAAGAAACCCUAACCCCCUCUCCAAUAGUCUCUCCUUCCCACUCAGAAACCCCAAUAAGGUUGGUGGCCUCAGCAUCAAAUGCGUGCGUGUUGGCGGAGUCGAAAUUCCAAACAACAAAAGGGUCGAGUUCUCUCUUCAGUACGUUCAUGGAAUUGGGCGUACCAGAGCGCGCACAAUCCUAAUCGACCUCAACAUGGAGAACAAAAUCACCAAAGACUUGUCCGAAGAAGAACUCACCAUUAUCAGAGACGAAGUCUCCAAGUACAUGAUUGAAGGAGACUUGAGGAGGUUCAAUGCGUUGAAUAUCAGGAGACUGAAGGAGAUUCAGUGCUACAGAGGCAUCCGCCAUAUCCAGGGCUUGCCUUGCAGGGGACAGCGCACCAAGAACAACACUAGGACUUUGAAAGGUAAGAGGGUCACUGUUGCUGGAAAGAAAAAGGCCCGUUAAGUAAUCAUGUGGGUUUUCAAUUCUUUGUGUAAUUGGUGAUCAAUUUCCAUUGUCUGGAUUUGUGUCUUUGAUUAGUGUCUAGUACAAUUGUUCUCAGUGCUUUUUGUUGAUGAAAUUGGGUUCUCAUCUUUGGUAAUGCAUUUGGGAUCAGUGUAUAUUAGGCAUUUGGAUCAUGCCUUGUUCUAUCUAUCUGCACUGAUUUGAGCUCAUUUUUGUUCAAAGGAUUGUUAAAAGUUGAGUAGUAAAUAUCGUCUAAGAACUCGGUCACACCA